CGAGAAAUGAAAAAAAAUCGGAGAGAAAAGUUUGAUAGUUAUGAAUGCUAAACAUAAAUUUUGUUUACCAACAAUUUAUCCGGUAUUUCGAAGUAAAAUGUUAUGGUUUGCUCUUUGCAAAUCAAAGUGUAAACGAUUGAAUUGAAACUGGCAAAGGAAAUAUAUACUAGUUGAACCUUUUAUAAUUCUGCCUUUCACUGUUGUACUUCAUAAUAAUGAGCACUGACGAUGAAAACUGGUCGAUGCAAUGCUGCGAAAUGGAUAGCCUGGUGCCAACUCCGGAGGAGCUAGAUAGCAUGUACGUUGCGCUAGAAAAUGGAACUUUUCCAUUUGAACUAAACUGGAAGUGUCCUGGUCGUCGGCCACCUUCACCAGUCCAAAAAGACGAACCCAAGGUGGCAGAAGUUGUGGAAAAGGACACGCCGACCAAAAACAAAGAGUUUGAUUUUAUGGACGACGUAGCCCUGCCACAAAUGCGAGUUCGGACGCAAAACAGCGGACCAAAAGGAUCCGCUAAGAAAAAGACUUCUAAUUUUGCUGGUGUGUUAGAUCAGAUUAAGAAACGGUUGCCACCACUAAAAGAGGGCUCCACCGGGACGGGUUCGAGUGGGAGUGGAGGACCAUCGACCGGUACUGCCGGGCCUACAAGUUGAAAAAUUAGAAUUAAUUAGCUUUGUAUGAGAGUAGAGUAAGACAAAAAUAUAACAUUUAUAAUAAAGCUACAUUAGA